AUGAGCGGUGCCUCUUCCAUUCUUCUCUCUCCUAGUCGUCAACCUGUCGCCUCUCCAGGCAGCACUAUAAAGCAAAUAAGCGCCAACGCCCCCGUUUUCGAUGGCGCCGAGUCUCUCGAAUUGCCAGAGGCUGUGAUGCCAAUGCUCGAUGGUGUGGAGGAGAACUCUACCACGGCCUCGUCGAGUGAUACUACUAGGGAUGCCAGCGGUAAGAAGGGGGACUUCCUCUUCCUCACAGUAGUCCACCGUUAUAGUCGUGAAUACGCAGAGUCUUUCGUCAUUGGUGUGGCUGGUGCCUCAGCCGCUGGCAAGACCAGUCUUUGUGCCGAGAUAAUGCGGAGACUAGGCGUUAAGAAAGUACUGUGA